GAGGUUGACCUAGCUAGCUAUGAAAAUGACAAACUCUGUUCUCUGGUCAACCUCUUUGCGCAUUUUCUACCCAAUAGAGAGAAGAAAGGAAUAAUUCAGCAGUGGCUAAUUUUGCGUGCAAGACUUGCCAAGCAGAGGACACUUAAGACAAUAGAUGCCUUUUCUAAUCGGUUGCUGUCUCGUCAAGAGGAUGUUAAAGACUGCCUCAUGCUGAUUGAUCUUCUGGUCACUCUUUCACCCAGCACUGCUAAGUGCAAACGCAGGUUUUCAACAAUGAAUCAGUCGAAAAAUUUAGCACGUGCACAAACAAAUCAAGACACCUUGACAACUCUGAUGAGAGUGAGAUCUUCUGACUGCAACCUUGGAAACUUCUAUUUG